AUGUCUGGACGUGGCAAAGGAGGAAAAGGUCUUGGAAAAGGAGGCGCUAAGCGACACAGAAAAGUCUUGAGAGACAACAUCCAGGGUAUCACCAAGCAGCCAUACGCCGUCUUGCUCGCCGUGGUGGUGUCAAACGUAUUUCCGGUCUCAUCUACGAGGAAACUCGUGGAGUUUCUUAAGGUUUUCUUGGAGAACGUGAUCCGAGAUGCUGUAACCUACACGGAGCAUGCCAAGAGAAAGACCGUCACAGCUAUGGACGUGGUCUACGCCUUGAAACGCCAAGGACGCACCCUGUACGGAUUUGGAGGCUAA